GUAUUCAACUUUGUUUGAGCCUCUAGAACUUCAGUCUUUCUAUAUGAAAUCGCCUAGAGCCGUAAACCCCACACCUCAACCUGACAAGAUGCGAGACUGGCUAGAGACCGAGACAAAAGGGCCAUGCUCCUGAGGCCAGAGAAGUUCGUUGAGCCCGCUGUGAGAGCACCUAUGUUUAUUCUGCUACUUCAAGCCACAACAAGCGCAUUCAGAAGCAGCGUUCCGUCUACAACGAAAACAACCCCAUGGUGGAAUUAUUCUGGAUGGUUGGCUGUUCCAGCUGACAUAUUCUGGUUCAGGUCAGCAAUCAGUGGCAUGCUAGGUGACGGUAAAGCGUCCAAUUCCGGUGAAGCCCUUGUUGGAAAGAUACGUUCUCUCGACGCGGCAAUGUUUGUUUAAGAAAAAAACCGAAAUUUCGUCUCUGGGAUAUCAAAGGAUGAAAAGAUUCGAAAUGUCUUCUUUGGGAGAUUUUGAUGUUACUAGCGCCACAUACGCACCUAUCGGCAAGGACACCGGUCUAUUCUGAGUGGACGAGAGCUCUUUGGUAUCACCGUACUCAUUGUCGACUCACAUACCCUCGGUCGCUGGGGAAUCCUCCCAUCAUG